GUUUUUUUUUUUUUUUUUUUUAUGUUUUUUGGUGUGAGUGUGUGUGUAUGUGUCUAAGGCAAUGAUCCCAUGCCGUACCAUCUAUGUUAAGUUAGUCUUAGUUAGUUCUUGCUUAUAAAAGCGGCAAAGCUAACUACUCUUUGUUUCUCUCACUGAUGCAAAGCUCCUCACUUUUUUUUUUUUUUAUCUUGUCUUUCUCAAAAGAUUGCAACUUUCAGACAACAAGGAAGAGAUCUCUGGAACUUCAACUGAAAGUAAGGAAUUCUUUUUUUCUGAAACGGUUGAUAAAAGAACUUGUUGGUGGCAUGAGGAUUUUUUUUAAAGACAAUUUCAUUUGUUGGGUUGUCUUAAAUUGUUGAGUUAAGGUUAGACAUAUGAGCUUUUCAUGUUUUUUUAAUGAAAGUUGAGCUUUUUAUGCUAGUUCAUGCACUUUCUGUGUUGUGCUUCUGGCUGAGAAAUCUAAGCAUUCAAAGCUCAUGUCGGCACAAAGAUAGGAGUUUAUAGUUACUGGGUUGGUUUUUGCUUCUGUUGUGGUGAAUUUGAUUGGAUUGGAGGGUGCUUACUGUUCAUAUUGUGGUAUAAAGGAGAUUUUUUGGUUAAGAAGAGGAAGUUUCUGGCUCUUUCUUUUCUUUUUUCUAUGUAGUCAACUAGUGGUUAAGUUGGAAGAUUAAUGUGGUUGAUAAUUGUGAGGGAAAUCUAAGAGGUUUGGUUUUGUGAUUUUAUUGGCAAAGGAGAGAAACCCCAUUUAGUUUUAAGCCAUGGAGAUGGCUAGAGUAAGGAAAAGAAGUAUACAUUUAAACAAACUUUGCUCAUUGGCGUGUUGUCGACCUACGCCUACCGAUGAACAUGCCCAAAUAGGGCAAAAAGGGUACUCAAGAGUGGUGUAUUGCAAUGAACCUGAUUGUCAAGAGCAAAUUCGUCUUAAUUAUAGGGGAAAUUAUGUGUCCACUACCAAGUAUACAGCAGUUAAUUUUAUCCCAAAGUCUUUGUUUGAGCAGUUUAGGAGAGUUGCAAAUAUAUACUUUCUUGUUGCAGCUUGUGUUUCAUUUAGUCCAUUGGCACCAUAUUCAGCACCUAGCCUUCUUGUACCCCUGAUUGUGGUGAUUGGAGCUACAAUGGCCAAAGAAGGUGUGGAAGAUUGGAGGCGAAGACUGCAGGAUGUAGAGGCAAACAAUCGAAAGGUUGAAGUUUAUGAUAAAAGAAGUUGUUCUUUCAGAGAAAGCAAAUGGAAGAAUCUUCGUGUUGGUGACCUUGUUAAGGUGCAUAAGGAUGAAUAUUUCCCAGCUGAUAUACUUUUACUUUCUUCUAGCUAUGAAGGUGGUGUUUGUUAUGUUGAGACAAUGAACCUUGAUGGAGAGACUAAUUUAAAGUUGAAGCAUGCCUUAGAGGUAACAUCCUCCCUGCAUGAUGCAGAGAUGCUUAAGGAAUUUAGAGCGGUGGUCAAGUGUGAGGACCCAAAUGAACAUCUUUAUUCUUUUGUUGGAACAUUGUACUAUGAUUGUCAACACUACUCACUUGCCCUACAACAGGUCCUUUUGAGAGAUUCUAAACUGAAAAAUACUGAUUAUAUCUAUGGUGUGGUUAUUUUCACUGGACAUGACACAAAAGUAAUGCAGAAUGCUACAGAUCCUCCUUCCAAGAGGACUAAGAUUGAGAGGAGGAUGGAUAAGAUAGUGUAUGUCCUUUUCAGUACUCUGAUUUUGGUAUCAUUCAUAGGAUCUCUGUUUUUUGAGAUUAAAACUAAAGAAGAUAUUAGUGGUGCUAAUUAUAGAAGGUGGUAUCUUCGACCAGAUAAAACAACUGUAUUCUAUGACCCCAGAAGAGCAUCAUUGUCUGGAUUUUUUCAUUUCUUGACAGGCCUUAUGUUGUAUGGAUAUUUGAUACCAAUAUCCUUGUAUGUUUCCAUUGAGAUUGUCAAGGUUUUACAAAGCAUUUUCAUUAACCAAGAUCAGGCUAUGUAUGAUGAGGAAACAGAUAGGCCAGCACAUGCACGGACAUCUAAUUUGAAUGAGGAACUUGGUCAGGUCUCCACUAUACUCUCAGACAAAACAGGAACUUUGACAUGUAAUUCAAUGGAGUUUGUGAAAUGCUCCAUAGCUGGUACUGCUUAUGGUCGUGGCAUGACAGAAGUAGAAAUUGCCCUGGCUAGGAAAAGAGGCGAGAGAUUGCCUGAACCAAUGCCUAUUGAUGAUAUUGACUCCGGAAUAUCUGUUAAGGGUUUCAACUUCAGAGAUGAACGCAUUAUGAAUGGGCAAUGGGUGAAGGAACCUCAUGCAGAUGUCAUUCAGAAGUUCUUUUGGGUCUUAGCAACUUGCCAUACAGCUGUUCCUGAAAAAACAGAAUCUAAUGAGAUUGUUUAUGAAGCUGAGUCACCAGAUGAAGCAGCCUUUGUCGUUGCUGCAAAAGAGGUUGGUUUUCAGUUUUUUGUAAGGAAUCAAACCAGCAUAAAAUUGCAUGAAUUAGAUCUCGUCAGUCGGAAAAAUGUUGACAGAGAAUACAAGCUUCUUCAUGUGUUGGAGUUCAGUAGUGCUCGCAAAAGGAUGUCUGUAAUUGUUAGGAACCCGGAGAACCAGUUGUUGCUCCUUGCUAAGGGUGCGGACAGUGUGAUAUUUGAAAGGCUUUCAAAACAUGGGCGAGCGUUUGAGGCGCAGACAAAGGAGCACGUUGAAAGAUAUUCUGAGGCGGGAUUACGAACCUUGGCAGUUGCAUAUCGUGAGCUUGGUGAUAAUGAGUAUAGAUUAUGGGAAGAAGAAUUUAUUAAAGCCAAAACUUCUGUAACUGCUGAUCGAGAUGUUUUAGUGGAUGAGUUGGCUGACAGAAUUGAAAGGGAUUUAAUUCUUCUGGGUGCCACAGCUGUUGAAGAUAAACUGCAAAAGGGGGUCCCAGACUGUAUUGACAAGCUUGCAAAAGCUAGAAUCAGAAUAUGGGUCUUGACAGGCGACAAGAAGGGAACUGCUAUCAAUAUUGGGUAUGCAUGCAGUCUACUAAGACAUGGAAUGAAACAGAUUGUGAUCACGCUAGAGUCACCAGAAAUUGAAGCCUUGGAGAAACGUGGGGAUAAGGAGGUCACUGCAAAGGCUUCUUUUACAAGUGUAAAACAGCAAAUAUGUGAUGGAAAAUCUCAAGUAGCUAGAGAAUGUUCAACUAGAGAACCUCCACCUGAGUUUGGUUUGAUUAUUGAUGGCAAGUCCUUGACUUUUGCGCUGGAUAAGAAUCUGGUAAACCUCUUCAUGGAUCUAGCAAUGAGUUGUGCUACUGUUAUUUGCUGUCGCUCUUCUCCCAAGCAAAAGGCUCUUGUUACAAGGCAGGUCAAAUCCAUUACAGGUAAAACAACGCUAGCAAUUGGUGAUGGGGCAAAUGAUGUUGGCAUGCUUCAAGAGGCUGAUAUUGGAGUUGGCAUCAGUGGUGUUGAAGGGAUGCAGGCUGUGAUGGCAAGUGAUUUUUCAAUAGGUCAAUUUCGUUUUCUGGAACGUUUAUUAUUGGUGCAUGGCCAUUGGUGUUACAGGCGAAUAGCAAUGAUGAUAUGCUACUUUUUCUACAAGAACAUCACUUUUGGAUUUACACUGUUUUGGUUUGAGGCCUAUGCUUCUUUCUCUGGCCAGCCUGCUUAUAACGAUUGGUACAUGUCAUGCUACAAUGUUUUCUUCACUUCGCUUCCGGUAAUCGCUCUUGGUGUUUUUGAUCAGGAUGUUUCAGCCAGACUUUGCCUCAAGUAUCCUUUAUUAUACCAAGAGGGUGUGCAGGACAUCCUCUUCAACUGGCUCCGCAUACUUGGCUGGAUGUUUAAUGGAGUUCUUAGUUCCAUAAUCAUAUUCUUCUUAACCACCAACUCGAUAACUGGUCAAGCAUUUCGAAGAGAUGGUCAAGUUGCUGAUUUUGCAGUUCUUGGGGUGACAAUGUAUACUUGUGUAGUGUGGGCAGUAAAUUGCCAAAUGGCACUUUCCAUCAAUUACUUCACAUGGAUCCAGCACCUGUUCAUCUGGGGAAGCAUUGCCUUUUGGUAUAUAUUCUUGAUGAUUUAUGGUUCGCUCCCACCUACAUUAUCUACAACAGCAUACAAGGUUCUUGUGGAAGCUUGUGCUCCGAGCGUUCUGUAUUGGAUCACCACCCUUCUUGUUGUUAUUUCCACACUACUACCUCUAUUUUCCUAUAGGGCUUUCCAGAUUCGGUUUCGACCAAUGGAGCAUGAUAGAAUACAAAAACGACGGUCAGAAGGCUUAGAACAUGAACAUGAUACAGCACAAAGACUUUCAGAAAGCCCGGUGACCCGAAUAUCUAGUGACUUGAUUAGCAUCAGAAUAGAUAAUCUAAAGGCAAGUCCAAGGCGAAAGAACUCAUGAAACUGGUACGGGGCUGACUUUGAUAUGGGUAGGGUUGUUUUUUCUCUGUAUAUUUUACGGUAGGUCUAGAGGACAGCAUGAACAUGGAAGUGCUUCUGCUUAAUUCCACGUGUAGAUUAUGCACGUAAAUCUGGUUUAUGAAGUCAUGUUCAUCCAUACAUAUGCGUCGAACUUACUGAUCUCACAGAUAUGUAGUUAAUUCUUUUCAUAAGCUUGUCUGAAUUUUGAAUGUGCAAUGAAGGUAAUGCAUACUUCAACUUUCCUGACAAGCAAAAAUCAAUUGCAAGUGAAACCAUAGUUGAUUUCA